GUUUAUUACGCCCUCACAGAUGGCAUAGCAUGCCAACAUUACCCCCCACAAUGUCUGAAGUGAGGAUUGUGCUGCUGGGGGAAAACGUUCCUCUGACCAACAGAGUGGGAAACUUCAUCCUGGGCAGAUCUGCAUUUGGGACUGAAGAUCUUCUUCCUUCAGUAAAGCUGCACAGUGAGAGAGCCAGUGGUCAUGUGGAGGGAAGAACCAUUACCAUCAUCAACACACCUCAUCUCUAUAACCCUCAACUCUCUCAGGAGGAACUGACUCGGAGAGUAAAAGAGUGCAUUUCUCUCGCUGAUCCUGGACCUCAUGUGUUUCUGUUAGUGCUUCAGUCAGAAUUUAUCACACAUGAGGAGCAAGACAGAGUCAGAAGCGUAUUAGCCACUUACAGCCCACUGUCUAGGGAACGCUCAAUAGUGUUAAUUACAGGUGAAGACCAUGGAUUCAUCAGUGAAUGUGAAGUGAGACACCACAGAAUUGAGAAUAUAUCUACAUUUGAUAAACAUCAGGUUCUUCAGCUUUUGGUGAAAAUAGAUGGAGUAGUGAAGGAGACUGGAGGAAGUGAUCUACAAGAGCAGAAGAACUCAGGAACAUUGAGAAGACAUCAGGAUAAUGUGACUGAAAACACAGCACAGACAGAUGGAGAUACAGCAAAGAUAAAACUGGAGGAGAAUAAAGUGUCUAAUCUGAGGAUUAUUCUGUUGGGGAAAACUCUCUCAGACACCAGCAGUGUGGGAAACUUCAUCCUGGGCAGAUCUGUCUUUGAGACUGUAGAUCCUCUACAUUCAGUAGCGCUUCAGUGUGAGAGAGUUAGAGGACAUGUGGAGGGAAGAUACAUCACCAUCAUCAAUGCACCUCAUCUUUUUCAUCAAACCCUCUCACAUCAUCAGCUCACACUGGGUAUUAAAGAGUGCGUGUCUCUAUCGGAUCCUGGACCUCAUGUCAUAAUGCUAAUUGUACAGCCGGAAAGUUUCACUGAAGAAGACAAAACAAGACUGGAUAAAAUUCUCUCAUCUCUGUCUGAGGAGGCCCAUAAAUACACCAUGGUAGUAACUACAAAAAACAUAGAACUCGGCAGUAGUGUAGAUCAGGAUGAGGAAAAUGUCAUACAGAAGAUCAUUGCUGAAGGUAUUUACAGACAUUCAGAGUUCACUGGAUGCAGCCGGGCCAAUCUUGUGGAGAAGAUGGAUGAGAUGGUCAAGGUGAAUAAAGGAAGCCUUUUCUGUGAGAUAUAUGAAGAUCCUGUUGUUGCAGUAGGUCAAAAACUGCCUGAGCAAAUCGUAGGCCAACAAGAACAUCAAGAAACAGAAGUACAGGAAGAACAUAUUCAAACAAAAAAAAACAACCAACCAAACAAACAAACCCCCCCCAAAAAGUUCAUUAAGGAUACAUUGAAAGGACUUCUACCAAAGUGGAAACCCAGUGGUAAGUACCAACCACACAAUUAUGAAUUAUACAAUGAUCCUUUGAAGUACCCUUGUUUAAGAGUGUACACUGGAACUUAUUUUUCCAGUAUGCAAAUUAAUAUAAGGUAA